CCGAUCUCCAUCAAUUUUAUUUCCCACAUUCCCCCAGAAGGGCAGCAUCGCUAGCAGCCUGUGUCUGUCUUCUGUAGGUAUAUCUCAGAAGCAUCAUCCUCAACUGGCUUUGGGAACCCUCCCCCCACUCCGAACAGUGUCCGCCCAACGGCUGUCUGCGCCGAAACCCCGCAGUCGGAACUCCACCACAUCGUCCCAUUGCGACGGAACAACCCAGUCCCUAUUUCUGCCUAUCACCCUGGCUCGUUUCACUUUGCCUGUGAAUCCUUCACACUUCCUGCAGACGCAGGCCCGAACCACCCUUAUCCCGUCUGCCUUGAAACCCGGACCCUAUCGACUGUCCACCCUUACGAUCUCCACCCCUGAAACACGACUCCGUCGCUUCUUGAAAUAUCAUAUAUAAAUGGCGUCGCAACCGCAAGCAGGUCAACGGCCGAAGGUCCAGCCCUGCCGAUACAAGACCGGAAAGACCCUGGGAGCUGGCUCCUACUCGGUCGUCAAGGAAUGUGUGCACAUCGACACCGGCCACUACUAUGCGGCCAAGGUCAUCAACAAGCGCUUGAUGGCUGGACGUGAGCACAUGGUUCGAAAUGAGAUCGCGGUGCUGAAAAGGGUGUCGAUGGGGCAUCAGAACAUCCUGACCUUGGUCGAUUACUUUGAGACUAUGAACAACUUGUAUCUGGUUACCGAUCUUGCGCUUGGUGGCGAGCUUUUCGAUCGCAUUUGCCGAAAGGGCAGUUACUACGAAUCCGAUGCCGCGGACCUCAUUCGUGCUAUUCUUUCCGCUGUGGCAUACCUGCACGACCACGGCAUCGUGCAUCGGGACCUGAAGCCAGAGAACCUUCUUUUCCGCACCCCGGAGGAUAAUGCGGAUCUACUGAUCGCAGACUUUGGUUUGUCGAGGAUCAUGGACGAGGAGCAGUUCCAUGUUCUUACAACGACGUGCGGUACACCGGGAUACAUGGCGCCCGAGAUCUUCAAGAAGAGUGGCCAUGGAAAGCCAGUAGACAUCUGGGCCAUCGGUGUCAUCACCUACUUCUUGCUAUGCGGCUACACCCCCUUUGACCGCGACUCCAACCUGGAAGAGAUGCAGGCCAUCCUUGCAGCAGACUACUCCUUCACCCCAAUCGAAUACUGGCGCGGUGUUUCCCACGACGCACGAGACUUCAUCAAGCGUUGUCUAACCAUCGACCCCAGCGCUCGAAUGACAGCCCACGACGCCUUGCAACACGCCUGGGUCAACCCGCCCUACGACACAUCCGCCGACAAGCUCGGCUCCGGCGAAGAUCUCCUCCCGACAGUCAAGAAGAACUUCAACGCUCGUCGCACCCUCCACAAGGCCAUCGAUACCGUUCGCGCCAUCAACAAGCUUCGCGAAGGCGGCGGCCUAAUGAUGGACGGCAUGAUGAGCGUCGACCCCAAGCCCGAACGAGUCAACGGCAACGACGUCAUCGAAGAACGACGGGACCACGACGGAGACAUGGAAAUCGACGGUCGUGCCAAUGCUCGUGGUCAGACGGAAGAGCAGAUCCGCGCUCAGGAGCGGAAAGUCCAAGAAAUGGUUGCCGGGUUGUGGAGUCGCACUGGGAAGAAAUAAGGGUUGGUAAUAAGUAUAUAUACAUCGUAUUGUUAUUACUUUUUGUGGGAUCUUUUCUACUACUACUAUAAGCUUAUAUACCUUUGCUCCCUUUCGCUGUCACCCACUCUCUUAUUAUUAUCCUAUCCGC